AUGUACAUGUUUGCCUUAAUGAAGUACCCCAAAAUUAAAUCAAUAACCCACAAAUAUCUUAUCACGGGUCAUACUCAAAACGAGGGAGAUGCUGUACAUUCUACAAUCGAAAAAGCUAUAAAGAAGAACCUCAGAUCUGGUCCCAUCUAUGUUCCAAGCCAAUAUGCAUUGAUAAUACGAAGUGCCAAAAAAAGGGGUAAACCAUUCAAUGUAAAUGAAAUGAGUUUUAAAGAUUUUUUUUUGAUGAAAAAUUUAGCAGAAGAUAUUGGUUUUAAUACCAAAAAUUUGAAGACUUCCGAAAUCAAGAUUUUCAAGGUGAUUCAGGGCGAAUCAACAAAAGUAUUUUAUAAGAAUUUUCAAACCAUUUCAAUUAAAAAAGCUUACAAGUGUAGACCUAAAAUAAAAGAGAAUAAGAAGAGAGACCUUUUAAGUUUGGUAGAGAGUAACCACAUCCCAAACUUUUAUGGUACAUUUUACAUAAAUUUGUAA